GCCACCCCGAGUUCUGGUCACCGUGGUCAGCGCCGUCUUUGUGUAUGUCUUCCUCCGCUGUGACUGGGGCGCACACACGAACAAAUUGCGACCACCAUGGGGCGAAUAUCAACCACUGGGCUACUGUCUGUGAGAUUUCGCCCGGCAUAGAACCCAACGGAGUAAGGCAGGGGUGUCCGUGGGAUUGCCCACAAUGGCAUCUGGCAACCACGAUGAAGUGGAACCCGCCGGUGCUGCCACCUGUUGUGUCCUCGCUGCCAUUUUUCUGGCGGUGCUACUCCCUCAUCUGGUGGCUUUGGUGAGUGGCUCUUCAACCGUGAGCGACCCCUCGGCUGCACAUUCUCCCCCUACACCCACAUCUCGGAUCACCCCAAAAUGUGACCGCAUCUUCGUCAGCAAUGCGGAAGGUCCGAAAAAUGGAACAUUCAGAGCCCCUCAGCUCACCAUUCCGAAGGGUCAUUCGCGCCACUGCAUCUACACCUUCAUCGCCAGCGAAAAUGAAAGGGUUCAGGUCACCUUCAUGUCGUUCAAUCUGCGAGGGACCAAUCCGGAGUGUAAUCACGAGUACAUCGAUUUGUACACAGAGAUCGAGAAUGCGACCAUGGAGCUGAUCCGAACUCCUUUCGGGGGACGGUACUGCGGUCGGAACAGGCCUCGAAACCGGAUCUCCAUGUACCAGACGCUGGUCAUCGCCUUCUACUCGGACGAGGAACACGUCGAUUCCGAUGCCUUCGAGGGAUACUACGAAUUCAUCAACGCCUCUCAGUACGUGGUGGGCACUCCUUCACCUGACUCAGUGUGCAGCUUCACAGUGUUUAGUGACAACAAGUCAGAGGGCGAGUUCCGAUCGCCCACUUACCCGGGAGUCUACCCCAAGAACCUUAACUGCCAUUACAGGUUCUUGGGCAAGAAAGGACAGAGGGUCAGGUUGGAGUUCAUGGAUUUCGACCUCAUCUUUGGAGGAGCUCACUGUCCUUUUGACUACGUGAAGGUGUUCGACGGCGCCACGUCCGACGAUCCCCUGAUCGGGACCCACUGCGGUCAGCAGCGGAACCUGGUCAUCUAUUCGUCGGCCGAAAAUGUCUCGGUCCAGUUCAUCACUCUGCAGCGCACGGCGGAGAGCGAGAACAGAGGAUUUUCCGGAUUUUUCGAGUUCAGUAACAGGUUCGUCAGCCUCGAUUUCAUUGGGAAGAACGACGGUGAGCAUAUUCGUGGAACAGAAUGCGAUCAAAAGAUUUUGAGCAAGAAGGAGUCGUCAGGGAACGUCUAUUCUCCUAACUACCCCUUCCCCUAUUUCAUAAACACAGUCUGCAAGUACUAUAUAUACGGCCUGCAAGACAACCAGAAUCUCGAAAGAGUUCGACUCAUCUUUGAAAAAUUUGAAAUUCCUAAUAAAGACGCAGAAUGUUCAGAAGGUGGUUUCUUGAAAAUUUACCUUCAAGGUCAGGAAGAACGCCAAGCCUUGGAUGAAUUUGAUCUCAAUCUCUGUGGGAUGAACAUACCACAGCCCGUUUUGUCUGAGGGUCCUCGGCUAUCCAUGGUUUUCAGUAGUGGAACCAGCGCAGCCAUGACGGGAAAGGGAUUCAAGGCAAAAUACAUCUUUGAAACAGAUUACAAAGUUCCUGGCACGCCCGCCCCAGACGGCACGUGCAACUUCACUUACCUCAGCAGCAGCACGAAGCGGGGCGAGUUCAACAGUCCCCGACACCCCGCCAACUAUCCCUCCAAUACAACCUGUGUGUACAACUUCAAAGGAGAACCCGGAACACAGAUCAAAAUCGUCUUCAACUACUUCCGCACCAAGACGCAAGAACUGGCCACUACAGGUUACAAUGAAGUGUGCAAGGAAGAUUGGUUGGAAAUCUACGAAGUGUAUCCAAACGGACGAGAAAACGUCGUGGGCCGUUACUGUUCCAAAUCGACGCCCGGUCCCAUUGUGUCCGACAAAGGAGUACACACUAUGAAAGUGGUACUGCACACGGACGCCGAGGGGGUGGCCAGUGGUUUUCUGGCCAGUUAUCUCUUCAUCGUCCCCUCCAAGAAAUUCGAAGAAUGUGGCUUCAACAUCAGUGGGCAAACAUCUGGAGUUCUCACAAGUCCUGGUUUCCCAGCCAAAUACAAGGACCGGCGGCAAGUGUGCCACUGGUACAUUCACGUCAAACAAAAUUCUAGGAUUCUACUACUCUUCACUUUUUUCAGACUUGAGGGGGAUCCUCUAGAACGAGGAUGUCCUGGUGCCGUAGUUCGAGUGUGGAAAAAUUUAAGCCAAGCACCUGUUGAGAUAUGUGGCAUGGAAGCCAGUAAUGACACACUGGAAAUGACUUCCACCAACAGCGUUCUGAAACUCACGUUUGCAACUGCUGAGAAAGCAAUAGGAGCUGAAGGAUUUAAAGCUGUUUGGACGGAAGUUACUGAAACCCAUGACUGCCAGCAGUUUAAAUGUAGGGAAACUGGCUACUGCAUCGCCAGUGAGCUCAAAUGCAACAGAGAACCCAACUGCGGCUGGACAGACAGAAGUGAUGAAGAAGACUGCGAAGAAAUAGAGACAGUCAAUGUGUACCUGAUCGUAGGCCUGACGAUGGGCAUCGCUUUCACCAUCUUCCUAACCAUCUGCCUCGUCUGUCAUCGCAAAAGAAAACGACGGCGGCAUCAUCACCACCAUCACCAUCAUCAGCAUCCCCCUCCACCCUUCGAGCCAAGGCAGAAACGAAGCCCUCCCUUCGAUCCCCCAGAGUUCGGGCCUAUGAAUUUUAUGUCCAUCGACAGCGUCUGACAUCAGGCCAGAGCGGGCGAGGCCUGCCAUUUUCACGAAACCAACUGGCCAUGAUUGGCUGCAACCUUUAAAGAAUGCGCAGUGUAUUUGCUGCCAGUACCGAGGCCUGUCAUCCUGCUGCAAUUUCCAAUGACUUUUUUAGUGUGGUGACUUGCUGUUAGACAAGCCCUCAGUGCUUUUUUUGGAGAGUGGUAGUUUCGAUAUAUACAUAAUAGUUAUGUCUAGGAUUAUACUUAGGAAUAAGCUAUUACCAAGCUGUAACCAAGUGCUGAUUCACUGCCCAUUGAAGUGCCAGGAGAAGAAGAAUAAAAAAUAAUCUUUGUUCAAAUGAUCCUUUACUCAUAAAAAGAAUUUAACUGAGGAAAAUCGUUUUUUCAGUGAAACAUGUUUUAAACAACAAAAUGUUUCUAUUGUCUGUUAAACAACUAAUAGUUUAAAUUGCUCUCGAAGAAAUCGCUCAGAUGAAAAUAGAAAAUAAUUAGAUGAUUCAUACAGAUAUAGAUACAGAUAAUUAAAGUUUUACAGAUUAUUGAUUUAGCGGAAAUGAUAUUCAUGGAUCAUUCUUUCCCUUACAAUUUAUCUUUAUCUGCUCAUAAGAAACUGAAAUAUAAUAAUCAAUUUAAAUUCUGAAGAUUAAACUAUUUAAUAUUUAGUUUUUAAAAAUAUAAUUUAGAGCGAAGAAUUAAGAAAUCAUUAUAAUCACAGGGAAAAAAAUUUAUCAAUGUGAAGUUAAACUAAAGAAGAUAUGAAGUUAAACAUCAGAACAAGGAAAAAUGAAAAGCAUGAUAUAAUCUUCUUAUAGGAUAACGAAUAUAACAACUGUUUUAAAUAAAAUAUUUCGACGAAUUUCCUUAGAUGAAGAAAAAAUUUGAUUCGUAUAUUACAUAAAAAAAAACUUUAAAAAAUACGAUAAAUAAAUUCUAAUUGAAGCUUAAAAUAUGAAUAUAAUAAAUAAAUAUUAAUCAAACUAUGUUAACGUUAAAUUUAUAUAUAUACAUCUAAUAACCUGAAUUUAAAAAGGAAGUAUUUCUUCUAUUAUGCAGACAUAUAAUAUGAUGUCUACUAUUUUAAAACCUGAAACAGUCUGUAAAUCAAAGCCAAAAAUCAUCGAAGUAAUCGGAUGAUGCCAAAAAAGAAGAAAUAAAAACAAAUAUAUUUCAACUUUUUUUUGUUUCAACGGAUAAUGCUACAACCAAUGAAAAUUCAGGCAAACGAAUUAGAAUACGAUUUUCCUUCUAAAUCUUCUGAUUAUUUAAAUGAAGACGACAUAAAAGGAUCCUAUGAUAUUAUGAGCAUUCAAAAAGGAAUACUAUCAUUUACUUACUUAAUAAGAAAUUUAAGGAAAAUUAUCACUACAUUCUUCGAACUUUAUAUCGCAUACUUAAAGUAAAAACAUGUUAUCCAUAGAUUCAUAUUUUAGAAAGUAUUAUCUAUACAUUGGAAAGGAACUUUGAAGCUGCAGUUUUUUAAGAACAAUUUUGUGUUAAAAGGAACCUUUCCACGCCAUAUAGGAUUUGAUAUUAUAUAUAACAAAAAUAUAAACUAUAUUGAUACUCAAGUAUAUAGUUUUUUCCGAACUCUGCUGUUAAAAGCACGGAAAUGAUGGUGCACUUGAACUAGUUGCUUAGUACUAACUCCUACAAUUGUAAAAAAAAACUGUAAUUCGAUUACAUGCUUUGGUGCUACGAGCUUUGAAUAAUUCCAAACUUUUUUUGGGAUUCUUUUUUUAGGACUUCGUCGAAAAAAAAAUUACAAGAUGGACAUGUACAAGAAAACGAGAACAUUUUUCAAAGCAAAUAUAUAUAUAUAAUUAAUAGAGAAUGACAGACAAUUAUUAGAGACGUUUUGUAGAGACGAACUUUCGAACACCCUAUUAUUAAAAGAAAAACUGCUAAAUACAUGCUACUCUAAUCUCUUCCAAGUAGGCAGCUAAAAGGAGUCAGCAUGGAUUGUACUUAAAUCGCUAUUCUACAACGACAUCAUUUUUGAGUUGAUAACCCAUUUUCAUAAUUGUAGGCAACCAUCAUUAAUUACAUAUGAAGCAGAACUACAUCGAUGGCGUUUGCAGUUCCAUCUGGAAAUCAUUACAGGAACUUCAGUUACAGCUGUUCUAGAUCUUUUAAAAUAGCAAAUAAAGAAGAAAUGAAGUGCUUAGCAUCAAGAAACUUAAUAUGCUUAUAAUGGGGCGAAAUCUUUAAAUUAAAAAGAACUUGAUUUUGUAUUUUAUACAAUAGCGAUUAUCUAGACGUUCUGAUUUAGAUAUUCGCAAUCGAUGUCGAGUACCGGAAUCUAUUCAAAAACUGGUUAUUGAAACGAAAAUGCGAUCUAGAAUAGUUGUGACAAUUGUUGUCAGAAUAGAACAGUUUGUUCUAUUCAUAGAAUAUUUUAUAAUUUCUUUAGUCAUGAUUAAUUCUUUAUGAAAUAAAAAUAUUGAUAGAUUUUUCAGGCUAACACAAAUUAUGAAA